CUCCACAACCAAUUUGACGCCGAGGCGUCCGCGUCGUCUUUAAGUGGCUCUACUUCAGCGAAGCCUAUUUUCAGUGGAGUUUCAAUUUUUGUUGAUGGUUUCACAGUUCCUUCCAGCCAGGAACUGCGGAGCUACAUGCUCAAGAAUGGUGGAAGAUUCGAGAAUUAUUUCUCUAGACACCGUGUAACACAUAUUAUAUGCAGUAAUCUGCCUGAUAGUAAAGUUAAGAAUCUCAGAGCCUUCAGUGCAGGUUUGCCAGUAGUGAAACCCACUUGGAUUUUAGAUUCUGUUGCUGCUAAUAGACUUUUGAGCUGGGUACCUUACCAGCUGGACCAACUAGCUAAUAAGCAAUCAAAGCUGUCAGCCUUCUUCACAUUGAAAAGUAGUAAAAAGUCGGAGGAUGCUUUAACAAAUUCCCUACAUCAAGUAGUAUUAGAUGUUGAAGAUUCAUCUAUGAGGGUUGGUCAAACAGAUUCUGAAGAUAGAAACUUAUCCAAAGUUGGUGAAAUGAGUAAACAUAUUGGACAAAUCAGUACCGCAUUUGAUGACAUUGAGAAUAGUAAUGCAAUUAUGACGGAAGAGCCAACUAGUGUUAGAGUUAAGUUUGACGAAGAGCAAGCAGCCAGAAGCAAUGCUGAUAGGAAAGAUGAGAGCAAUGUCAAAAGUGAACUUGGACCCACUCAUCAAGCACCUUCUACAUCAUUUAGUUCUCACUGCUCAGAUGAGCAGAAUGCACGGAAUUCAAGUUCUUCAGGCACUAAGCCUUUUAAACAGUGUCAUUCAACUUUUGCAGACCCUAAUUUCGUGGAAAAUUAUUUUAAGAGCUCACGACUACACUUUAUAGGAAAUUGGCGAAAUCGGUAUCGAAAGCGUUUUUCUGCCUUGUCUUCUGGGUUUAAGUAAAAAAAUUCUAAUAUUAGUGCCUCUAAUACUUCUCCUAAUUCAGUUAUUAUCCAUGUUGACAUGGACUGUUUUUUUGUUUCAGUUGUUAUCCGGAACCACCCUGAAUUGUUGGAUCAGCCUGUAGCUGUAUGUCAUUCAAAUAAUUCAAACGAUGCUGAGAUUUCUUCUGCUAACUACCCAGCUCGUAGUCAUGGUUGGUAUCAGGCAGGUAUGUUUGUUCGAGAUGCCAAGGCUCUUUGUCCCCAACUUGUUAUCUUUCCUUACAACUUUGAAGCUUAUGAGGAAGUAGCUGAUCAAUUUUAUAGUAUAUUGCAUCAGCAUUGCAACAAAGUGCAGGCUGUAAGCUGUGAUGAAGCAUUUUUAGAUGUCACAGAUUCAGAGGUUGAAGAUCCCAAACUUUUAGCUUCUUCUAUUAGAGAAGAGAUCUAUAAGACCACCGGAUGCACAGCUAGUGCUGGUAUAGCUGGAAAUAUGCUUAUGGCUCGUAUUGCUACUAGAACUGCAAAACCAAAUGGUCAAUAUCACAUAACUACAGAAAAGGUUGAAGAUCAUUUAUGCCAACUCCCAAUUAAUUCACUUCCAGGAAUAGGGCAUGUUUUGCAGGAGAAAUUGAAGAAACAAAAUAUUUACACUUGUGGACAAUUGCGAAUUAUUUCCAAGGCCUCACUGCAGAGGGACUAUGGUAUAAAAACAGGAGAAAUGCUGUGGAAUUAUAGCAGAGGAAUUGAUAACCGGUUAGUUGGGAACUUUCAGGAAAGCAAGACGGUUGGUGCUGAUGUAAAUUGGGGAGUGAGAUUCAAAGAUAUAAAAGAUUGUGAACACUUUCUAAUAAGUCUUUGCAAGGAGGUCUCAUUACGAUUGCAGUGUUGUGAAGUGCAGGGGCGCACUUUCACUCUGAAGAUCAAAAAGAGAAGGAAAGGCGCUGGUGAACCUGCAAAGUUUAUGGGCUGUGGGGACUGUGAAAAUCUGAGUCACUCUGUAACGGUUCCUCUUGCUACUGAUAACGUGGAAAUACUCCAAAGAAUUGUAAAGCAGCUGUUUGGAUGUUUUAACAUAGAUGUCAAGGAGAUUCGAGGUAUUGGCUUGCAAGUUUCCAGACUUGAAAGUGCAGAAGCUUCUAAACGAGGUACAACAAAAUAUACUUUGAAAUCAUGGCUCACUUCUGCAUCUGCUGGUGUUGGAAAUCAGACAUAUCCUAUAGGUAAUGACAAGCACAGCAGGGAUAACACUUCCAGUCCUGCGUUUGUAAAUCUGCUAGAGUCUUCAGUGGAAAUGGACAAUAAAAUACCAGCCAAUGAGGCUAGUAUUGACCCAAUUUCAACACCUCCCCCCUUAUGUAACCUUGACAUUGAAGUUAUAAGGAAUCUUCCCCCGGAUGUAUUUUCAGAAUUAAAUGAAAUUUACAGAGGGAAGUUAGUUGAUUAUAUUGCUAACUGGAAAAACACAAGUGAGAGCUCUAGCCUUUCAGGAAACUCAUUUUUUGAGCAAAAAGCAAUAAACAAUGAAGAGGAACUUUCCUAUUCUGAACCGCUUCCUCGAGGCAAUUUAUCAUCAAAAAACAAGGCAAAGCAGUAUGUGUCGAGCACUAGUGAAGGCGAAACUAUACCAUAUUCAGUCCGUGGACCCAAUUUCAAGUUUACACACCAUUCUAGUUUUGAAAACAAUGAUUUAUUUCCUUCUUCUUUGAGUCAAGUUGAUGGUUCAGUGUUUCAACAAUUGCCUGAGGAUUUUAAAGCUGACAUUGUUGAGCAGCUUCCUGCACACAGGAAGCCAGAUAUUUGCUCCAAUGUUGUGAUCCCUCCUCUUGAAAAUCAUUCGUUGUCAGUAGGCGUUGAAAUUUCUGAUAAUUCUCCUAUAUGUAUUUAUAAUAAUGACAGUCUAUGGGUUGGAAAUCCUCCAAAUUGGGUUGGGAAGUUCGAAGGUAGCAGUUGCUUAAUUUUAAAGAAACUUGCAGAAAUGUAUUUAAGAUCAGGAUUGGCAAACACAUUGUCUUCAGUUUUGCACCAAAUUAUAUCUGAAUUCUAUGAACUAAAUCUGGCCCAGCAGUUUUCUGAUGAAACUGUUGACGUUAUGUGUGAGCUACUGAGGCAGUAUAUCAAAGUGAAGAUUGAAAGAGAUAUUGAAGAGAUUUAUAUAUGUUUCCGACUUCUGAAAAGGUUUGCGGCCAAGUCCCAAUUUUUCCUACAAGUAUAUGAUAGUGUAUAUCCUUACCUUCAGGCUGCUGUUGAUGACAAUUAUGGAGGGACUUUACUUUUACCAUCAUAGUAGCAACUUAUUUACCUUGCUACGGUAAACUUGAGAAAAAAUGGUAUAUCUGUAUAAGCCUAUGAGGUCAGAUCCAAUUCAAAAGCUGUUAUUCACGGCUGAUGUGCUGCAGAGUAUGUCCGACUUUAAUGUGAUACCUAAACAUUUUCUUCCGCGUAUGUGCUUAUUUUAAUGAAUCUUGCAUUUCUAGUCAGUUAAUUGAUAAAUUUGAAAUUUUAUGUUCCAUUGCCUGCCUUUUACUAUUUGUUCAACAUGUAUGAAUUGUUGUUUUGUCAUUCAUUAAUUUUAUUGGACCUUUUUGUGAUGUUGAACUUCAAAUAUCGAACUUUUCAUUAAUAUUAGUAAUAAGACAUUUAUUAUAUGUCUGUGACUGUGCAAUAUGGCUUGUAAUUCUCCUUUGCUGUUUAUUUAGUAUUUUAAUCCCUUGUCUUGUCUUAUAUAGUAUCUCCGGUCUUGGUUAUUGAUCAUAAUAUAGAUGCAAUGUAUAUUUCAUUAAUUACUUAGUUAAAUAAAAACUGAUGGCAUUACCACAUUUGUUUGUUAUUCUGUUUCUAGAGAUAUUUAUAAGUUUAUGCCUGUGUUUAACACUGCUGAAUGAGGUCAUCAUGUGAUCCAUGUAGACCAUUGCAUGUAGGGAGUUAUUCGAAUUGCACAACAGUACAAUAAUUUUCCAUACCAUUUUUUGUAUUUAUAAGCAACAUGUAUUUCCAUUUGCAGUAUGUUAACUUUUCUCUUUAAUCAUUUCUUUUUGUGAAAUGAAUGGUUGCUUCUGAAAAAACUAGUGUGUUCUCUUCCCAGAGAGUUCUCGCAUAUGGUCUUAAAAUUUAAGUUUGAACUUAACCCCCAAUCUAAUUAUGGGUGAGGGUUGUUUGUUUCAUAGUUAUGUACAUUAUUACCUGGGUACCAUCUCUAAUCAAUGUGGGAUCCCAAAUUAUUGGUUUGGUGCACGGAUAAUAUAAGAUGGGUUACCCAAUAACAGAUUUAGUAUAUGACCUGACAUGAUAGAAUUUAAAUUUUAAGUUUUAACUCAAACCCAAAAAGCUAGCCCAUAGGAUGAUGGUUUCCCCUUAUAUACAUUAUCAUGGCACUAUCUCUGGUCAAUAUAGGACUUGGAUUUUUCCAAAAACACUCACAAAGUUAGAGCUGUACAUUACAACUACUUAGAUUUUACUUGAUUUGAAUGUCCAUUUAUCCUAAGUUGUUGGUUUUACUGGUUUUAAUGACCAGACAUUUUACUUUCUUUUUUAGUUUAUCCUUAUUUGCUAGCUGAUGCUCCUGAUAUUGUAUCAUUAGAUUUAUUCUAGCAUCAUGAAAAUCAUAAUUCUUUGUAAUGCAGUCUCCUUUCCUCCACUUCCCAACUCUUACAAUAGCAGAAUUGAGGUUUUUCUUGUGACUGGACAACACUUUCAAAACUGUUGAAUCAGAAAUUAUUGUUGCAGUGGCAGCUGGGAAGGGUAGAUUUAGUCAUUUUGGAGAACCGUCUUAUAAAAUCAAUACAGAAGCUGCUGGUAUAAUUUGCUACUAGAAAAAAGAGAUUUGGGUUAUCUUCGGAUAUGGACAGGGUGUCACGCUGAAAUUGAAGACUGUAUCUCAGUCUCCUUAAAAAGGCACUUUCUGCAAGUAAAGGCAUAUGGGUGAUUGGGUACCAUACUUUUUGCUGUUACACGUAACUUGAAGGCAACCACUGGGUAAAAACACCAAAUCCCAGACUCCUCUCGGAAGAGUAGUUUUCUUGCCACCGAUCUUUCGGAUUGGACUGAGAUGGAAGGAAGAGUCUCGAGGGUGAAAAGGAAAAGGUAAAGAGAGAAAAUAGUAUGUAAUAGAUGUGACGUGACGUGAUGUAAUGGUAAGAGAGGAAGAUAGGGCUAUGAUCUGUGAACAGUUAUUAUUUUUUUAUAUGAUCUGUGAACAGUCUUAUUAUUUUUUUAUAUGAUCUGUAACCACUUAUGACUGUUUAUAUUAAACUUUUAUGGAAUAAUUUAUUUAAUU